AUGCCGCAGUUAAGGUCAGGGAAGGUGGUAACUGGCAGCGAGGUGAAGUCAUCUGCCUGGAUGGUCACCAGCCCAGGCUCUCUGACUGCUGGGCUAGAACACGAUGUAGUAAAAAAGCAUGGAGUCAAGAAGAGUCCUCACCUGGCACCAAAGAGAAAACCUCAGCAGCCUUUUUUAUCAUGUCUGCAACCUGCCAUACUCUCCAGCAUUUCGUGUGAGCAAUGUGCUUCACUUCCACCCAUGCAGAAGGAGCAAGGUGAGAGUAGCCAGAGACCCCCAGGUAAAAAAAAAGGGGGGAAACAACGCAAGAGAACUGCCAGAAGCAACGAGGGUGUAGCUCUGCCAAUUUCAGACACUACUGUACCUGAAGAUUUGCAGGCAGAGACCAUGGCUGCAGUAGCAUGCUGGGAAGAGCCUGUAAUGAGGGACACGGGACAAGGUGAACAGCUGUUUUUCUCAGGAACUACUUUGCAAAAUAAAUUCUCAGCAGAGAUUGAAAGGAAAGAACUUACCUCAGAAGGACUGAAUCUCUCAAGUCUCCAAGAGAGUUCAGAGAGCUCUGGAAAUACAGAAAUAAAAUUACAAAUGUCAUCCUCAGAGGAGGAACUUGAGAGCACAGAGAGCCAUGGCAUUUCCUGUUUGCCAGAACCAGAGGUGCUGCAGCAACCCAGAAAAGGUACUGAAAUGAAAAGCACUGACUCGAUACUGAAUUUGGAGACGUGGGAAUCUUUGUCCAAACCAAAACAUCCAGAAUUGGUAGAUGUGCCAGAGAAGUUGGAUGGAUGUUCCUUAAUUGGAUUGAGGAAACCAGGGACACAGAAGAAAAGAAAGAGAUGCUUGAGCAAGAAAGGCUCCUGGGACAGGAGCAAAUCUGCCUUGCUACAGGGUCUAAGUGUCCAAGAACAAACAGCUAGAGGAAAGAUGCACGAGUAUUACAUGAGAGAAGAGCAGCAGAGCUCCAACCCUCAGAAAGGAUCAGACAGCCUGGGAGAAAGUGCAAAGGGAAAAGUGAAAGCAGUUGAGCAAGGCUUUGGUACACACGCUGUGAAGAAGCUUAAGACAAAUCGAAACACAUCAGAAGAUUCCAAAGGAAAGGAACAUCACUACUCCAAAUCUUCUCCAGUUGCUACUUUAGGUGAGACUCAAAGCAAAAACUUUUUAUGUCAUCCUAUAAGAAGAAAGUGUGAUGUACAGUAUGAAAAAACAAAUCCCAGAACUGAUCAGAUCAAGUGCUUGCGAAGUUGUAGUGGAACUAUAGCUGAAAAAGUGAGAAAUAUAUCUGCAAAAUGUGAUGCUGAAUGUUGCAGAAGUGCCCUAAACCAUUGUAAAAGUUUGCUCUGUGCAACAGAUAAGAAUCCAUUUGUGAGAUUAGAGGCUUGUAGUUACAUCAAUACGUUUGUGAAAUCUUCAUCUAGUGGGACUACCAGCAGUUACAAUUUAGGUGAAUUCUUCCAUGCAACCCAGGAUAAAAGAAAACACGUUUUCUGUGAUGGUACUCUAGAGCAGAGUGAUGUGAAUUGCAGCACUAGUAAAAUCCAAAAUGAGAGAUCACCUGUAAAAGGUGGUUUAUUCUUUAAUAGAGAAAAACAUCGAAACAAAGAAAGGUGUUUUUCAUGCUGUCAGAGUGAAAGCAGUAAUAGUUUAUGGCGAAAAAAGCAGAAUGUUGGUAGAAAGCAUAGAAAAAAUACGAAAAUCACUGAGAAAUCAACAAUGCAGAAUAUUUUCACAGGUGUGGUUAAUGAAUGCAGCGAGUGUGAAUUACAAACAGAAGCAAGAGUUGCCAUGUCAAGCUCCUUUACAGUUUCAGGAUUAAAUCAUAUAGAAGUUACUCAGUCAGCUUCAUGUGGUCAUACAUCAGAUCUUCAUACAGGAAAGAAAACUCCUGACACGCAAAAGAGAGCAAUCUGGAAAAAGAGUGACACUGAAAUACUUGCAUUUGAAGGUGAGUGUAAGAAGACGUCUGAGCUCCCUGUAAUGGCAAAAGGAGAAAAUUCAAACCAUGUAGCACAUCAUUCUGCUGCCUUGGAUAGCCUGGGAGUGCUAGCUCAGGUUCCUGAUGUUUCUAAUUCUCACAAAAGCAGGCCAUAUGAAAAAGUGAAGAAAGAUAAUAAGAAAUCACAGCUAUUGACCUGUCAAAGAGUGGUACCUAUGACUGGUAAAAAUGUUUGGCCUUUAGAAUCUUGUGCCAGGACUUCUGAAUGGGUUCAUAAAAAACACAGGCCUAUCUCAGAAAGAAAAAGACUUUUAAGGGCUGACUUUGAAGAAUCCUCUGAUGAAAGCAGUGUUAAAGCUGUAGGCAAGAGUCCUGUGACUGGGCAGUUAGGACACUUGGAUUUGUAUACGUCAUCAGCAGAAAUUAACAAAGAAUCUACAUGUCAAAUAACAGAUGCAAAUAGUGAAUGUCUGACUUCGCUGGAAACAUCAGAAUACUCUCCCAUGGAUAUUUAUGAGACUUCAAGAAUGAGCCAUGAAAAUACAGAAUCACUGGUUAAUAUGGAUAAAAGUGCUGUGGCUUUUAACCAGGAUGAUGAGCAAGAUGUUAAGGCAACCUUGAAUUUUACAGCAAAACAAAACAAACAAAAAAAAGGAGAUGUAGCAAAAAGAAGCCUGUCUGUGACAGUCCAGGUCGAUACAUCUAGAGGUAACACAAACAGAAUAAACUUCAGCCAUAAAGUAUCAGUAAUGAAUCAGACAUGCUCUGAUUUAAAUUCAAUGAAAGUAUUAAACACUGGGAAACUGACAAAAUUUAAAAUUCCUUUAUGCAGAAACAAACCUAAAUCCAGGAAACUGGAAUCUGGCCAUUCAUUUGAAAGAGAAACAUGUAGCCCACUAGAGGUCCUUGACAGCUCUAGUGUUUCAAGAAGGCAGGAAACAGAUGAGACUUUUUUAGUAAAUGCCAAUGAGCAGCCUCUUCCUGUUGUGAGUCAUGCUACAUCUCCAGCUUCCAUGAAGCAAAAUGCAGAUGAGAUCAAUAGUAAGGACUUUAAGCAUGAUGAUUCUGAAAACCUCUGCUCUGAAAACCUUUCAAAUGAGAUGUCUGCAUUGCAUGAACGUUUUUCUUCAUAUCCACAUUCUUUUCUUGACAGACCACUAGAGCCUUCUGUGCUUGAUUUUCAUGUUACUGAACAUGUACUAAAACCUAGUUUUCCUGAUGAUUCUUGGAAUGCAGUUGACCACCCUAUUGCAUUAGAAAUAAAUAGUGAUAGCAAAUCAAGAGGCAAUCUUCCACAACACAAAAGUCAAAUUUUUCCAGAUAUCCUUGAAGCUUACAAAAAAGAUGUCCUUGUUAUUGAUGUGAUUCAGGAUGACCCUGACCUUUUUGGAACCAAAAAUGAAAAGGAGAUUUCACUUGUAGACUCUGAAAAUUGUCCUCUGGAGGCAGCCUAUACUAGCAUCUGCAUUAAAGGUGAAAAGCAGGAUCUUACGCCUGAGUAUCCUGUUAUCUCAGAAAAUAGACAUUCAGUAGGUGAUCAUUUUAGGCACAUUGCCAUUCAAGAGUCUGGAAUGCUAAAUGAUACUGAAAAUUCCUGUGAUUGGGUGCUAAAAGCUAAAGAUACUAAAACCCACCAGUCCUCCAGAGGAAGCAGUCCUUUGGGAGGUGUUACUGAAGACUGUCUUGAAGCUGGGAAACUGAGCGAGCUAGAUGAAUUUCUAAAGAGUUUUGAUGUGGAUGAAAAGUUGUUUGCAGAUGGAGUGCCUGAUACUAAACAUGAAAAAAAGGAGAAAGCUGAAAAAAGCGACUGUAAAUACAAAGAUCUUGUGAACUAUCAGAUGAUCUCAGGAUCGUCACAGUAUGCACCAAAAGGAAACGUCCUCAGUAAAGCUACAGUGAUGAAACCCCAGACAAAUGAUUACAGAUUUUCAGGAAAAAGUUCUUUACUGCCAUUGCAAAAUUAUGGAGAUUUUGAGUCAUGGAGGACGGAACAAAAUGCAAUUGAUUCUCAUUCAGUCCAGCAGACCCUUGAGAUGAUUGAAUUGCCCCGUAGAUACUGCAGAUUUUAUUUCAUGACUUUGCGUGGAUGUUCAAGAGCAAAAUGUUGGUUUCGGCAUGUUCCUGCUCCAGGGGAUGAAAAGAUUUGCAUGGCAAUACUUAGGUUAUAUGUUAAUAUCAAAGAAUCAGUCCUUCUAAAACGUGCAGUCCAAAUAUUUGUGAAAUAUUACAGAGAAGUUACUCCAGGAAUGGAUUUUGCUUCUCAAGUGCUGAAUGAGCUUCUCAUUUCUUUGCUCAAGAGCUGUUUGUUGCAGGAAGUAUUUCAGAUAUUGAAUGUAACUGUACAAAUCCAGACACUGCCAGCUGUAGAUGUUCUUCUGAAAAUUUUUGAGCAUGUGGCUUCUUUGAAUAUAAGAGAUGCUGUGCCUACAUUAAUCAGUACCUUUCGUAAGCUCAUGGAUGCUGGUAUGUUGCUUGAGUUAGAACAUUUUGAUUAUAUUAUUAAGUUCCUUCAGCAACUGAAAGUUUCCACUGAGGAAAUAAAUGCUGUCUUGAACAUAAAAUCCAGAAUAUUUCAGGAAAGAUAUUUUGAAAAGAACUGGCUUUUUGACUUUAAUUUGGCAGUGGCUGAAAUUCAGCAUUGCAAGGAAAAAAGUGAUUGGACAAAGCUGGGAGCUUUGUAUGUUCAUGCAAGAACUGGAUGUGAACAUUCUGAUGAUCUUCAGAAGUUCUCUUUAUGUAUUGCUGAAAUACUAACCAAAGAUUCUGAGACAGACAGACCAGGAGUUCCUUUUUGUGAUUUUGCUGAUGCAGUAAUAAAAAAAUUACAACAUAAUGAAGCAGACAGAAUUUUCAUUGGAAGGACUGGGAUAAGUGUAAUGUAUUCUUAUCACAAAGUACUGCAGUGGACAAAGGGAAGGAAGGUUUUGGAUAAAUUGCACGAGCUACAGAUACAUUUUACGGUCUUGAAAGGACUUACAGAUGCAGAGAGGUUCGCAUCAAGAUGUCAAAUUGUUAAUAAAGCUGCAGAAAUUUUUCUCAAAACUGGAAGCUUGGAAGGGGCAACAUGGGUAUUGAGAGAGUCAGAGUGGACCACAAAUGCACCAUUGUGGCCCUGUGAUAAAACGGACAUCCUUGAUCGGCAGAAGCUGUUAUGUACGUUAGUGCAGGAAUACUUGGUGAAGAGUUUAUACAGACAGGCAUUCGAAGUUCUGCAGAACUUUCCAGGUUUUCAAAAUCAUUCUGAUCCUAUAGACGUUUCUCAGUACAGCCACCUUUUUAACAAGCUGAUAAAUGCCUGUUUUGAGAGCAAGAACCUUGGAGUCUCAUCUUCUGCAGUAGACUUCAUGCUUUCAAAGAACAUAGCUAUUGAUUUUUUUUUACUUAGAGGAUUAAUCACAGCUUUGGGAAGAAGUUCUUUGUGGUCUAAAGCUAGGACCUAUUACAAAAGUGCUUUAUCAAUGGGUUGCUACCCACCACUGCAGGGAAAUUUGUAUCACAAGCGUUUGGUGAUUCCAUCUUACCUGUCUGAGAUUGAAAUGCUGUUGGCCAUUGAAGUAUUUCUUGUGUCAAAUGCCAGUGAUAUUCAAAGUCCAAUGGCUUCCAGUCAGACUCUUCAAAUAAUACUGAAAAGAUGUGAAGAUCCCACAGUUCAGAGUAACAGUGACUAUCAAGCGGCAGUGGAGAGACUCAUUCUGGCUGCUCGUGUAUCUGAUCCAAAACUUCUUCUUAAGCAUAUGACAAUGAAUGUUAAUAUGGAUGGAGUUUACAGCUUGGAGCUCACAUCUGCUCAAAAGUGGCUUCAGGAGAAUAUGAAAUGGGCUGGGAAGAAAUUCCAUGUGCUAAACAGGACAGAACUCCACUGUGGAAGGGAAGCAAGCUUGAAAAGAUGA